UAUUUUAUUCAUGUUUUUAUAAACCAGAUGUUUAUACUUUUAUUCGUGUAAGAUAUCGGGUGCUGAACAGUGUAAAUAUAUUUAUGCUCCACAGUCUUUAGUGUAUCAGUUUGGUGUUGCAGAUUAAUUGCCAAUAAAGUUCAAGUUGAUUUCCAAUGGCGCCCAAGAAGGUAGAAGCGCCUGAGAAGAAGCCUCUGAUUGGUCGUGUUGGAACCAAUCUGAAAGUUGGUAUUGUGGGUAUACCGAACGUCGGCAAGUCUACUUUCUUCAAUGUGUUGACUAAAAGCCAGGCGGCAGCUGAGAACUUCCCAUUCUGCACCAUCGACCCCAAUGAAAGUCGCGUCCCCGUUCCUGACGAGAGAUAUGAUUACCUGUGCAACUACUUUAAACCGCUCAGUAAGGUGCCCGCCUUCUUGAAUGUGGUGGACAUUGCAGGGCUGGUAAAGGGCGCUUCAGAGGGCCAGGGGCUAGGAAACGCUUUCCUGUCACACAUCAAGGCAUGCGACGCGCUCUUUCACCUGUGUCGAGCGUUCGAGGACGAAGAUGUGACUCACGUGGAGGGCGAGGUAAACCCAAUCAGAGACAUGGAGAUUAUCAACGAGGAGUUGCGACUCAAGGACGAGGAGUACCUGACUGCGCACCUGGAGAAGCUGGAGAGAACUGUUCUCCGUGGCGGAGAUAAGAAACUGAAACCAGAAUAUGAUAUUCUCUGCAAGAUCAAGACACUUCUAGUGGAUGAGAAGCAGCACAUCAGAUUCGGCGAUUGGAACGCCAAUGACAUCGAAGUGCUCAACAAACACUUAUUUAUUACAUCGAAACCCGUUAUUUACCUGGUCAAUCUCUCGGAGAAGGAUUACAUCAAGAAAAAGAACAAAUGGUUGAUCAAAAUCAAGGAGUGGGUAGACAAGAACGACCCAGGAGCGGUGAUCGUCCCCUUCUCAGGCGCCUUCGAGACCAAGUUGCUCGAAUUGAACGACGAAGAGCGGAAGCAUUAUAUGGAGGAGGUCAAGGCCACAAGUGCUCUGGAUAAGAUCAUUGUACAUGGAUACAAGGCCUUGCAGCUACAAUAUUUCUUCACUUCUGGGCCAGACGAAGUAAAGGCAUGGACAAUACAGAAAGGUACUAAGGCUCCUCAAGCUGCUGGAAGGAUUCAUACAGAUAUGGAGAAGGGCUUCAUAAUGGCAGAGGUGAUGAAGUUUGAGGACUUCAAAGAAGAAGGAUCAGAGACAGCUGUCAAAGCUGCAGGGAAAUACCGACAGCAAGGUCGAAACUACACUGUUGAGGACGGGGACAUCAUAUUCUUCAAGUUUAAUGCUGGGGCAGGACUUAAGGAUGCAAAGAAGAAGUGAUGGCAAGCGGUGAUGCUGGUGAUGCUGGUGCAUCUUUAUGUGAAUCUUGUCCUCUUCUCCUACUGCAGCACAGAGCUGUAAACAAGGACGAUUUGGCCCACCCUUCACAAUUGCCAAAACAGUUCCCAUUCACAAGAAACAGGAAAAUCUCUCUUUAGAUGCUACAUGUAAGCUUAUAUAUGUACAUGGCUCUCUUAUGUACACUUCCAGUUCUAAAAUAUAUAUUUCUUGUUAAUGGGACAGUGUUUUGUGAUUCUCUAUAAGGCCUUCGCCAUAGAGUUCUGAAUUACAAAUGCAAAAAUUGUAUAAAUUGUCAGGUUUUUAUGGUUUUUAAUGUUCAGAUUGUGAUCUUCUGUGUUGUGUCACUGUGUUGUGUUCCUGUGCAUGGAACAUGCUGCCUCCAUCUUCAGGGUUUAAGCUAUGAAAAACUGCUCUUUAUCAGGAGGGUAGUCCUACAAAUAAAACUGUCUGGGUGAUGCAAUA